GAGACUCUCCCUCCAUUUGCAAUGGUGCGACACUCCACGCUCUCCUUCCUCUGCAAUUUUUUUUUGGUUUUGUUGUUCUUGUUUUAUCUGCAACUUCAAUGGAGAAAUUAGGGUUUUCUAGUUCCUCCUAUUCAUCUACAGCGGAUGAUCCAAAGGCCAAGAACGAUCAAGAGAUAGCAGAGAGGCGAAUCCAACAGCUAUCUUCACAUUUAGGAGGUCAACCCUGUCUUCUCAGAGAGAACCAGCUUCUUCUUGUUCCAUGUGCUAGGACAAAGCUCCAUGUGAGCUCUGAUUCUUUGGCAAAUUACAUGAGAGGAAAGCAUAGAGCUAUACAAGAGAUCAUUUUCACGUUCUUUAAUAGUAGGCCUGACCUUCAAACUCCAGUCGAGAUCUCAACAAAAGAUCACAGAGAGCUUUGUAUGAGGCAGCUUCUAGGGCUUGUGAGGGAGGCCGGGAUCAGACCUUUUCGAUACGUUCAGGAUGAUGCAGAAAAAUAUUUUGCUAUAAUGGAAGCGGCAGGGAGUAUUGAUAUAUCUCUGGGAGUAAAGUUGGGAGUCCAAUAUAGUCUUUGGGGAGGUUCAAUCAUCAAUUUGGGGACCAAGAAGCACCGAGACAAGUAUUAUGAUGGAAUCGAUAACUUGGACUACCCAGGUUGUUUUGCUAUGACAGAACUUCAUCAUGGCUCGAAUGUUCAGGGCCUCCAAACACAAGCAACAUUUGAUCCAGUUACGGAUGAGUUUAUCAUCGACACACCCAAUGAUGGUGCCAUCAAGUGGUGGAUUGGAAAUGCAGCAGUUCAUGGCAAAUUUGCCACUGUUUUUGCUCAAUUGGUCUUGCCAACAAAUGAAUCCAAGGAGGGUGCCACUGUUGGUGUUCAUGCCUUUAUUGUCCCUAUAAGGGACAGGGUCACUCACCAACCACUUCCUGGCAUCGAAAUCCAUGAUUGUGGCCAUAAGGUUGGCCUCAAUGGAGUCGAUAAUGGUGCUUUGAGGUUUCGUUCAGUGAGAAUUCCUCGAGACAAUUUGCUCAAUCGCUUUGGUGAUGUUUCAAGAGAUGGGAAAUAUUCAAGUAGCCUUCCAACCAUCAAUAAGAGAUUUGCUGCCACUCUUGGGGAGCUUGUUGGUGGUCGUGUAGGCAUUGCUUAUUCUUCAGUUGGAGUUCUCAAGGUUGCAGUUACUAUUGCAGUUCGAUAUUCACUACUUAGGCAGCAAUUUGGUCCUCCCAAACAGCCUGAGAUCAGUAUCUUGGAUUAUCAAUCUCAGCAACACAAGCUCAUGCCUAUGUUGGCUUGCACUUAUGCCUUCCAUUUUGCGACAAAGUAUUUGGUGGAAAAGUACUCUGAGAUGAAAAAGUCUUCGGAUGAUUUAGUGGUUGGAGAUGUGCAUGCUCUCUCUGCAGGUCUCAAAGCUUAUGUGACAUGGUAUACAGCCAAAUCCCUGAGCAUUUGUCGAGAAGCUUGUGGUGGUCAUGGUUAUGCUGCUGUUAACAGAUUUGGGAGCUUACGAAACGAUCAUGAUAUUUUUCAGACUUUUGAAGGGGACAACACUGUAUUGCUUCAGCAGGUAGCAGGAGAUCUCUUGAAGCAAUACAGGGAAAAAUUUCAAGGUGGGGCACUGUCUGUAACCUGGAACUACCUACGAGAGUCAAUGGGGUCUUAUCUCUCUCAACCAAAUCCUGUAACUGCACGUUGGGAAGGACAAGAACAUCUAAGGGAUCCUAAGUUCCAACUUGAUGCCUUCCAGUAUCGCACCUCUCGUUUACUCCAAACGGUUGCUGUUCGCCUUCGCAAACACAGUAAGACACUAGGUGCUUUUGGUGCAUGGAAUAGAUGCUUGAAUCAUCUUCUCACGUUAGCUGAGUCACAUAUUGAAUCCGUCAUCCUAGCAAAGUUUAUAGAGGCUGUUCAGAGUUGUCCAGACCGCAAUACACGUAAUGUUCUGAAACUCGUAUGUGAUCUUUAUGCCCUGGAUCGAAUUUGGAAUGACAUUGGGACAUAUCGGAUUGUCGAUUACGUGGCUCCAAAUAAAGCUAAGGCUAUUCACAAGCUUACAGAAUACCUCUGUUUUCAAGUGCGUAAUGUUGCUAGAGAACUUGUGGACACGUUCGAUCUCCCUGAUGAAGUGACACGGGCACCCAUUGGAUUGCAAUCGGAGCCCUAUGCACACUACACCCAAUAUGUUGGAUUUUAAUCUGGAACUUGGGGCCAAGCUGUCAAAAGUUAUAAUUUUAGGGACAGUAUUUGCAUUCCCAUCACAUCCUAAUAUUGGAUGUGGAGGCUGUGCACUGAGAGAGAAUAUGAUAAGUGGUUUCUGAUGUGCCCACGUUGACGGUAGGAUACUCUUUUGUAGCUUUUAAUUGUACUGCUACUAUAGUCUUGUAGCAUUUAACUGGUUAUGAAUUUCACGGGAAGGGGAAAUAAGAGGGAGUUUCUCAUCCGGAUUUGGUAAAUGUGAAUGGAUAUAGCAAUGUGGCUGUGGUUGUAUGGAAAUAUCGCAAUUUAGAAUGAAUAAUUUCUGUUAAUUAAGGCUCACGUGAAGUUCUAAUUAUAUAAACAAGCUUUUCUUUCCUUC